AUGUCCACCGCAGUGGCAUCCGCAGCAGCCGCCCCUUUGUCCUCACCACACCCUACUCGCAACCCCAGUCCGAGAAAUCUCCCGGCUUUGGCGCCUCCGAAUACUAUCCCGUCAAAUUCUUCUCCACCCCGAAUGUCCAAAAGCCCUCAGCAGGCAUCCGCGGCAAAUGGCUCCCCGACCGAGAGGAGAGGUCCGGCCUCACCAUCGCAAGCUGGUAGCGGCGGCCCACAGAUCACCGUCAAGAAGGAACCGGGUUCGUCCCCACGGAUGCAAAGUCGGCCUCGGCCUCGGAAAUUAGACCUUUCGACCAGUCUGCCGUCCUCGAGCGCCAGUGGCCUGACGGUUCGACCUCCGGGAGGACCCUUGACCGCCUCGAUGCAAGAUGUAGGCUUGGCGUGUCUGUCGCCUGGAUUCCAGACCCACGAUCCGGUCAUGCGCGAGCAGCUGCAGCGCAGCCUUUCCGUACGUGAUCAGCAGCGAUCGAUUAUCGAACAGCGCAUGCAGCGGUCCGCCAAAGAGGAUGGUCCGGACGGCGUCAAACCUUCCGAGUCGAGUAUGGGUAUGCCCAAGACCGCAAAGCGCAGACCUCCGCCCGGUCUAUCUAUCGUUCCUCCGUCCGCCUCUCAGUUUGCAAAUGAGCGGGUCAUUCAAUCUGCGCCGCUACACCAGACCUUCACUGGUCGGUACCAGCCCCAGCCAUUGACCCGCCAUGUCGUCAACCAAAGUCCGACCCUGGGCUCGACCUCCCACAUGCAUCAGCUACCCGCGACCCAAACAAACAAUCGUCUCCCGCCGCUCUCUGACGUCUUCGGGUCCGAUACACUGGGCCGUGACCGGGAGCCCGCCGUUGGCAAUAUGCACCUCAACGCGUCGAGCAACAACUCCUCCCAAUCGAACAAUCUAGCUCCGAUGCCUUCCCCGGGUCUGCCAGGGAGCAUGUCCCACACUCCCAACCGACCGCGCGAGUACCGCUCAGCUGAGGAGGCUGUGCAGGAGAUGACAGGUGGACGAGAUGAGCUGUUGCCCCGCAUUGUUCAUUAUGGAGGCCACCAGCCUCCCACCCCGCCAUCGCCACAGAUGGCCCACGCAGGUCCCAAGACUGCGCCUCUUGCCCCGGAACCCCAAGCUCCUCAUGGACCGCCUCCUGCUUCCUUUGGCAUGUUCGCUCCGUCAGAUGCCACAGCGCGCCGCCGCCCUCGGAGCGAGUACGAACACGACAAUGGAAGCCCGCCUCUGGGCCAUGGACCUGACUCUCACCGUUCCAACCCAGCUACGGCGCCCGGUCCGCAUGCUUCGUUCUCUGGACCCUUUGGUGCCGGAAGGGAUUCGCCAGAGACGCAGCGCAGAAAGAAGGAUGAGUUCCUUGGUCUCUGCGCACGGGCUUGGGAUUUGUUCCACUCGUGA